CACACCUCCCCCUAUCUUUCCCCAUUCGUCGCGGUUGCCAUUCGUGAUGAAGUGCCGGUAAUGGCUCCCGCUGCGUGAUUACCUCCUCCUCGAUUAUCUUUUCCUUGCACCACGCCCACCAUUUAGCUCGACCGACGAUAACAACGGUAACAAAAACAGGGAAAAAAAAGGCCUACCUCUAUCAUAGGAACAGAUUCACAAACGAAAAAAAAGCAGAAAAGGACUUGCAAUGUUAUCGAUGCUCCAAGAGGCUUCGGCGGGGAAGGCGCGGCCGCUGCCUGGCAGGAGGAACGUGCGGUCUGAAACUUUCAGCCCGUUUGUCAGCUGCAGUCGUCUUCGACAAGUUCAAGCUAUUCUACGUUCCAGCAGCAAAUCAAAAUCUGAUGGAAUUCUCUGCAUUCUGGGUAUUGAUAGCAGAUAUAAUGAGGGGUGCAGAGAAUUGGCAAAUUAUCUGCUCUUUGACCUGUAUAACCUGACAAACAUUGAUUCUGAUGUGACUGACUUGCCGGAAGAAGUGCUUGAUGAUGUUAUACUGUUAAUCAAGCCAGAGAGCGUUCAUUUGUACUGCAACCCUGUGAACUAUAACUAUCUUCUGCCUUAUGUAGCAUACUGGAGAAACCUACACUUGCACUGUUUGACUGAAAAAGAAUAUGAAGAUGAAGAAGCAGCAGAGGAGUUCAAAAUUACCAGCUUUGUCGAUAUGGUGCGAGAUUGUUACCGCAUUAGAGUUCCAUAUAGCUUUCAGGGUCAUGUUCAGAAGUUUGACAUGUUCAUUGUUGAGAAGUGGCCCAUUGUGCAAGCAUUUGCGCUGGAAGGCAUUGGAGGAGGGGAAUUUUUUACUAUGAAACAUGAGUUGUUUGAUGCUAGUGAGGAGCUGUGGCAGACUUACAACAGAUUGGAUCCAGUCUCUCUGGAAGUCUUGAUUACUGAGGAUUUGACAGCAUUUGACAGACAAUGGGCAAGCUUCUUUUCCAAUUUUGACAUUGAGGCCUCUUCCUCACUGCUGGAACUUUCAGAGGCACAGGCUGGAGAGCCACUUGCCUCCACAUAUACUACUUUUAGCUGGAAGAGCAGACAAAUGGGCUGCAAGCUACACCAUGGCUUUCAAAACCAAUGCUCUUCCAUGGAUCAACUAAUAAGAGGCAUGAUGCCGUUUCGAACUUACUUUAGCCAUGGGUUGAUCACCAGUCAAAUUACAGAGAAAAGCACUGAUAGGCAACCUUUUGUUCUUUUUGGUUGUCACUCAACAAAAGAAAACUUAAACUCGUACAGCUUUACUUUUCCGUCUGAGGGUCACCUUGUUCGAAACACAAACAACAGAGGAGGCACUGCCAGGCAUAUGGUUGUGCAGUGCACAUCUCCGAGAGGGCCUUUAGGAUGCUCAAGGACGUACUUCUUUGGAAAUUCACAUGUACCCUAUAUGGGCAAAGACAACAAUCAACAGAAAAAUAAUGAACUCUUGGUGUUGCCGCAGAUUUAUGUUGCUGUAGUAGAAGCCGUGCUGGCUAGCAUCCGAUGCUACGUGGAAACAUCCAGCUUAAAAAGUGCCAAAGAAGUUGCAGAAGAGGUUUUCCUUUCAACAUUGGACUCUUGCAGUCUUACACAGUACAAAACUGCCCUAAGAUCAAAUUUGUCUUUCCUUAUUCAAGCUGUGAAUAGCCGAGGGAGGAUCAUCUCAUUGGAUAGCCACAUAAGCAAAUUCCUUGUUAAAGCGGCAACCAUGACUGUGUAUGACAUUCCAGAUUUAACAGGAGGAAAAGGAACCCUAGGGUCCAUUGUCUUUUCUGAAUCAUUCCUGGAAUCAAAGCUGUUUCUCAAAGAAAAUGAUGGCACCAUGUCCACAGAUAGCAGCUACAUAAUUCUCACAGCAACUGUACCUCGAUAUGUGUCCUGGAUGGUUGAAGAUGCUGAGGUGAAACUUUCUGAAGAAGCACAACAAAUAAUAAAGGCUGAAGAAAGUCUUCUGGGAAAUGUUCUUGCAAGUGGAGAUUCUGUCUACCUUUGUUCGGGUAGUUCAACGUCCAGACCAGAAGAAGGUAAACUGUUUAUUUUGUCAGAAGGCAUCUUAUUUAUUCAUCCUCGCUCUGGCAGCAUGAUCAUUCCAAAGAGCCACAUGACUGCACUGAAGUAUUAUGAUGGGGUCAUGUCUCCGUGGCAACAGGUGGGAGAGUCUGGGAUUGCACUGAAAAUGUGUCAGAGUAAUCAGUUAUCUGAAGAGCAAAGAAGGCUACACUUGAACCUAGAGAAACUUUUUGAGAUCCAAUCUAUACCUAAAGAUCAGCAAUGCAACCAUUUAAAAAGAGUCAGUGCUGAUCUACCAGAGCUUGACUCGUUUUUACAGCAUUUUGUUGUGAGUAGUGUGAGUCAUGAACCAGUGAGAAGAUCUGAUCUGUCCAUGUUAUUACGACAGCCAAAGUUAUCUUCCACAAUCCGUGAAGACCAGAAUAAGAUGGUGAUCACUAUUAUUGCGGGACUUCCUGGUAGUUAUAAAGAAGAUCUUUGUACCUAUAUUGUCAAUCUGAAUCAAGAACAGGGAAGGUGGUCGGUUUACCGUCAGAUGCCUGAUAAUUGUGAGCUGUUCAAUGUUGGCCAAAUCCAUCGCUUUCUUUCGAGUAUUCUUGAAGCACAACAGAAUCGGACUGUUCGUCAAUCUGUAUACUCUAGAAAGAAAGUGAGGCUGCUGAUUGUGACACCAGGGUACACAGACGUUAUUGAUGUUGUGCAGGCUAUCCAGAUGCAUCCCGACUCUGAAGUUCAGUCUGCAUUCGUCAUUGGUGCUAUCACUGCUUGUAUUGACCCACAGUGCUCAACCAUGGAACACAGGUUAUUUUUCCCAAAACUUUUGGAUCAGUGCUCCCAAGGCUUGGUCAGUAAUGUUGUUUUUACAAGCUUGACUUCAGAGCAAAGACAUCCACUUUUGAUGCAUCUGCAGAAGUUAAUUCGUGUAGCAAAUCCCAACAUUGGAUUCAUUCUUGCAGAAAAGGGAGCAGUGACCAGGAAUGCUGAUGUUGAAAUGAUUUUGUCUGAAAACAGUUUUUCAGAGCCCUCAAUGUUGAGAGCACGAUAUUUGAUGUUUCCUGGUUGGUGGAAUGGCAAAUUCAGAUCAGGUUCAGUUUUCCCACAAAUGACUCAGAUCUGUAUCAGGUUCAACCGUCCACUUGAAAAGGCCCGAUUUGUAACUAAAUGUAAAGCUUUGAAAACCACGCUGAAGCCAUUUCCUUUUGAUGGAAAUGUAUAUCACAUACGAGCGCAAGUGAAAUUUUCAGAUUCUGAGAAAAAAGUUGAAGUUUACCACAACACCCAGACUAAUAUGUUCAGCAUGGUCUCCUUACAAGAUAGCCCUUCUCCACCUCCUUUACAAGGUGAUGGGAAGACCAAUGGGCGCAAGCUUGACAGCUUUGUCGUAUUCAUCGGUUGCAUGCUGAAAGAAGAGACCAUGAAAGAUUGGCUGCGACAGUGUGCGAGCCAGAAACUUCAGAAGAAACCUCUCAAGACAUUUGACACCCUCACCAAACAAGAAAUAAAGAAUGUCCAUAUAAAACGGCAUUUGGAGUUACCUCCACCUGGAUGGUUUUACAACGGAAGCCAGUUUGUUAACUUCUUUGGUGAAAAGAGUGAUUAUCACCCAUUAAUGAAUACAUUCAUAGAAGAAUAUCUGUCAGAAGUCAACAAAGAGAUUGAGAAAUACAACAGUGAAAUUGAAAAACAAGAGUGUGUAGAUCUGUUUGAGCCAUAAUUCUGGUGUCCACCCAAGUCCUUGAUCUGAUAUGCUUUGAAUUAGAUUGGGACAACAGGUUACAUUUGAUCAACAAAUUGCCUGAAGCUGGAUUAAGCUGGUAACAAGGCAGAACUUGCAAAAUAAAAAUCAAGUAAAAAGCAUGUAAGAAUUUACUAAUGUUAACUAUAUUCAAAUGCAACAGGUGGAAUUCUAAUUUCUCAUUGUUGACUUAGUUGACCCUAGUCAUGGAUGUUAGAACAGUAGUUACACAGAACGUUUUGUUUUGCUUGUUGGGUCUGCUCCAACACAAUUCCCAGUUGGUUUAUUUAACUAGACAAUUUUUAACAUGGAAAAACUCAAAGCUUGACACUUUAUAAAUCUUCCCAGAUCCUGAAGUAGAUAUGUCCUGUCCCAGGUUAUUUGUGAAUUUGCUAUUUGUGAAAGGACACACUGUACACGACUUCAGGUUGGAAUGUUAAGCAAAUAUACCUGCACAAGUUCACUACAGAGGAUCGCAUGUCAGAAUAAAAGCAAAAUACUGCUGCAAAUUUGAAGCCUACAGUGCUGGAGAAACUCAGCAAGUCUGGCAGCAUCUAUGGAGACAGAAACAGAGUUAAUGUUUUAAAUUUGGUAUGACUGUAGCGUUCUGAAGUAGUCAUGUUGGAUUGAAAUAUUAACUGUUUAUCUCUGUCCAUAGACGUUGCCAGACCUGCUGGGUUUCUCUAGCAUUCUGUGUUUGUUACAGUAUGACAGAACUUCUUGCAAAUCAACAUGCAAGAAGAAUUUUAGUUUUAUAAGCUGCUAAUUCCACCAAGCCAAUGACAAUCUAGAUUUAAUCAAUUUUUUUUGUCACAAGAUUCAAUCUGCCUGUAAGCCCUGGACUUUAUAUAUUUUUUAAUUGUUUCAUAGUUAACGGUUUACUUCUUCGUUUAGUUAUUCCCUAGAAUUGAUCUAUGCAAUUUUGUAUAAAGGUCCUUUACUAUAAAUUUGAUCUGUGCAAACAUUAGCAAAGUUAUAAGUGGGUACACAGUUGUGGUGUCUCACUGAAUGUGUAACAAUUAAUCACUGGUUAUACAUUUAGAUUAAUUUCUGGCACUAAAUGUAAAUUCUACACAACAAAUAACAUCUAUGUACAGUAACAUAAUUUCCAUAAAGAAGGUAUAUUGAUAUAGAGUAUUAAGUUUGUGUGAACUUGAAAAUUUAUCCCAGAGAAAGAUAUAGUAUUUAUGUUUCUCUUCCUUAAUUUCUCCUGUCUCUUCAACCCCACCAUUGUGUUCAGUCCAUCAUUAGCUUGUGGGCAGAAGUUAUUUGGAUCUUUGGAAAAACAAAUGCAAGUUUGGGGCAAAGAGUGUUGCCUUAUGUGCAGGGAAUGAUUGCCAGAUUUUUAAUGCUGCAUAGGAACCCACUCACUCUUGAAUACACGCCGUUUUUUUCAUUCAUUACUCCAAGCUGUCCUUAGUUACCAAGAUUUCUGGAAUUAGAAAAGUAAGAGAUCUGUAAUUUUCCUGGUGGUAUCUUUUCUAUAAGUGAUUUUCUAUCUUUAUGCAAUGCUGUAUUAACCUGCAAAGGAGUGAAAGUAAGGGUUUUGAAUCUGCUAUAUGCAGGAAAAAGAAAUCUGCAUUAGAAAUUUUGAAGCAAUCAGGUGUUACUGAGUAGUUGGAUUGGUGGAAUAACAAUUUUUGCAAAGUAAACUGAAACAUUUGCACUUAUUCUGUUUUUUUUUCUGCAAACAAAUAUUAAUGAUAGUAUGGAGAAUUAAACUUACAGCCUCUGUAGUGGAAGACUGUUCAGGUUAAUUUGUUUACUGAUUCCACAUUUUCACUACUUCUGGAAAAUUGUGAAGAACAAACUUUGUUUUGCUGCACUUUGAACUUUAAGGCCUAUCUAAGUGAGUUUGAUAAUUACUGUGUAAAGCCUUGGUUCCUACUGUUUGGGCGUUCCUAAAAAUAAGUCCUUAGUCUUCGCUAAACAAAAUUUGUGGCAUCCGUGUGCAGAACGUCUGAAAAUACUCGAGUACUAAAGCCACUUAGCAGGUAAAUAAUGUUAGCCACAUUGUUUAGCAUAAUUUUUCUGCAACAAUGGUUUUAUUCCUCAAGGACUUGGCUCAACUGUACUCUUCUACGUUUUAAUUAUAACUAUACAAGAAGACAGACCUUUGGUUUUGUAUACCAAAAGUUUUAUUACAAGAAAGUAAGAUGAUAAACAUCAAUCAUUUGUUUAAGCUCUGUAAAGUAGAAAACACAACGUGCUGAGGUAUUGCUCAGCUUACGUACAGUUAAUGUACUUCCAAUUAAGGUAGUGUAGGGUCUAUCUCUUUGGAUACCAAGUUUUCUUUCUUCUGUAAAAUUAGCCACACAACGAAUAAGUAACUUUUUUAUAUUCCAUUUGGUUAUAUAAAAGGAAAGAGAGGGUUUUCCAGAAUUCAGUGUGCUCAUGCUUUUGCAUGUUGUUCUUGGAUUCUUCUACCAUCUAGCUAUGCAUGUGACUUGCCUUUAUGCAUGAAAAACCGUGUAUGAUGCAAAAGGGUAAAUUAACCAGUAGGUACAUUCAAGGGGGUGGCUGUUGGUAAAUUGAAAUGCUGCCAUUUACUUUUACAGUGGUGCCUUUGUAAAAUGCAUGACUGGGUCACCAAUCAUCAAAUACCAUUGAUUUUCUUGCAGCGUGAAGACUUUUUUAACAUCACUUUAUCACAUUGAUGAAAAAGCAGGGGGUUGAUAUAACCAAACUAAUUUGCUCCUUAAAUAUCUUGUUGAUUCAAGAGAAUGAAAUUUGAGUAUUUCACAAGGGUCAAAGUUAUGAUUUGAGGUGUGCAACCAGCAACUUGAUUCCAAAAUUCAGUAACCUUAAAUUUAUAAUUGACUCCCUUUAUUGUAGAAGAUGGUUUUCAUUUGCUAGAUGAAAAUUAUUGUUAGAAAGUCUUCCUUCAUGUCUUAAGUUGUAGUGUGGCACAGUUCUUUCAGUAGUAGUCAAAUUUUAAUAUGGGUGAAAAUUUCAUUUCAGUAACAAAAUUUGUGUUCCACUUAUCUGUGAUCAAUGUUAAAUUUUAACUGAUGAGAUGGUUACAUACUGAUUGCCAAUGCUUGCAGUCAACACCUCAGGUACUUUUCAUGUUUUGCUGUAGUCAUGGUGGGGUGAUUAGGAAAGCAUUUACCUACAUCACUAGCUAUAUAUGGAGCAACGUAAUUGAACUUAAAUGGAAAACUAAGUCAAAGGAACAUCUUUUGACAAGUUUAUAAGUCUAAUGAGUAAAUGGCAGUUAGAUACAUUUAGCUGACAAAGCAAUUAAUAUCUGUAAUAGAAAAGUAGAAAACAAUAGAAAUGCUUUGGAGCCUUCCCCGAAAGUAGUUUUUAACAGCUAUGCUGUGUGAGAUCCUGGUAGGUCUGAGUGUUUGUUUACCAGUAUAACCUCACAACUAAUGUUAAGACGCUAGUACGGCAAAUAAAUAGUUUUUGUGUGUCCAAACAUAGAGUUGUGAUGGACGACAUGAACCGUUUUAGAAUAAGUUGUUUAUAUCUGAGAUAGAAACAACAGUGCCUAAACAUUAUACCAGCUCUGUAAUGUUUUCUAGCUGGAGCUGUGUUUAAACUCAGUGAGCUGGUUUACUGCUGGCUGCUGAACAUUGAUUUGGGGGUUAACUUGAAAGUAAGUUAUUGUGCUGCACUGUCAUAAAGUCUCUCUCAAAGAUAUCAUGCUUUAAUAUAUAAAGAAAAACUAAAAUUGUGCCUUGCAGUAAUAAAGGCAUGUGGCCAGUUUAUGUUCAUCAAUUUUAAAAUUGUGCUGUCAUAUUACAGGGUUUUGCAAAUGUCGUCCAUCAUAAUCUAUGAUUAAGUUAAGCUACUUUAAUAUUACUAAGAUGAAGUUCAUUUUGGCUGCAUUAAAAUGUUAGUUUAACAUCAGUGACUUCUGUGAUUAUAGAGCCAGGAACAUAGUUAAUAUAGAUGUGGCCAGCCAUUGUAUUUGUAUUGCACAUUGAAAAGAAUAGAUUCACUGUGAAAUUGAUCCAGUGUGGCAUCCAGAUGGCCUUAGCCCUUUCACCAGUUAAUUCUCUGCCAUUGGAUCCUCAAAGAUUCUGUCAGUCUUAUUGAUAUUAGUUUGGGCUGUGCUGAUUUUUGGCAAGUGUUUUGCUGCUAUAUUACCCUGGAUUAAACUAAAAUAAAAUAUGUUGGAGAAUAUUAUGCAAUCAUAAUUUCUUACACUGCUAGAAGUACAAGUUAUUUAAUUGUAAGCGACCUAACUGGUGGCUUAUUAAUUCUCUUGUUAUAAAAGAAUCUGGAAUGUGAAUCACUUCUGGAGUUUAGAAAAAACAACAUGUUGUGUACGUUUUGUCAAAUCAAAUCAUACUAGCAGUAUAUGGUACCGUAACAUUUGCAAGUUCAACUCAGAAUAUGAGAAAUCCAUAUUUUGAAUUUACUUGUAAAAUUGUCUUCAUGCCAAAAUUCAGCAGGUUGUUGGUAUAAAUCAUAGUGAUGGAUUAUUUAAAAUCUCACUUAAGUCCAUUUAAAAACUUGGAGGACUUUGUUUCUUGAUGUUUUAGGGAGAGUUAAUAGAAAAUAAAUUGUGUUGAUUUAGAUUCUUUGGUGGAAUUCAAUGGUUUUACAAAGCACAAUAAUAAAAAAAAUUUUAGUCGACACAUCUUUUGGGUAAUGAUACUGCUGUGGUUCAUAAGUGAUUAUUUGGUGUUUCUGCCAUUUAACUGAAUCAGGACAUAAAAGAUAAUUUAAAAGUAAUGCUGUUGAAGUGGUUCUUCAGUUAAAUGGUUAAGGCAGUCACAUUAAGAUGCUUUGGAUUUCAGGGUCUCCUGUUAAUUUUGAUCUUUUGACCGCUGUUAAAAAUGGUGUUGGUGAAAGGGAUUUGGUAUCAAACUAACAGGAGUAUUGCAAAAAUGAAAUCUGAAUGCUAGGCAGUUGUUUUGAUGUUAAACUAUUAGCAGGCCUUAACAAAGUAUGCUUGCAUCAUUAUUGUUGAGAGAGUGUCUUGUGCUGGUCGCUGAAGUUAUGGAGCAUACGUUCAUUGAAAGGGAACACAGCAGAUUGAAUUAGCUUACAUUCCCUGGUCUCCUUGACUUGAGGGUUAAUUUAAGUUCUAGUUUGUGUUCCUAUUUGGAAUCCUGAUAGUAUUUGCACAUAGAGUUCAGUUAACGAAUUGGUAUUUUAAAAGGGAACAAUAUUAUUUGUUUGAGAACAAUGACUUUACUGUGAUUUGCUACAACCUAUGAUGUAAUUUUAAACAUCAGAUCAUUAGCAAAGUAACUUACCUCAUAAAUUGAAGCUAUAACAUAAAUUUUUAGACAAUUACUUGCUGAAUUUUUCAAGCAAAAUUCUUCAGAUUAAUGAAGAGUGAAUUCAGGAAUUUAUUUGUUUGACUUGAAAGCGUGCCAAAUUUGUCAUUUUGAUACUAACUUUAACCACUUUAGCUUGUGUUUUGGAAGGGGGAGAAUAUCUAUAAAUUAAAAGAAAAUUGAUGUGUAUUUGCACAAAACUACUGUAACUUCAGUUAAACUGGUUUUGCGAGUGACUGAAGCUUUUUUGCAUACCUUGUAUUUAUUACACUGCAAAUGAUAUAAUUAAUCCAACAAAGUGUAUAGAAUAAUUAAUAGUUUUACCAUUUAUUUUUGUAUUUGUUGGCAUAUUUUUACCUGUAGUUGUGAUGUUUGCAAUUUUUACAUAUGUAAUUUUCAGCAAUUGCGUUUAAACUUCAAUAAAGUUUAUAUGUUUCACCAA